CAGCCCCACUUUCUGCCUCUUGGUUGCUCCAUCUAUGUGCAAACCUGUUCCUUCGUCUUCCUCGGGGUUUGCCCAAGUCUGAGCUGGGUGCAGGGGUACUCGGUGACUUCUCCAAGGGUGUGGUACACCAAAAGAAGUGGGCAGUGGUUCUAGGGUCUCAGGAUGGGGCCACGGCAUCCUAACUCCAGUUCCUCUCCAGGUUCCGGAUGAAAUGUCACCUCUGUGUCAACUACAUCGAGAUGCAAACAGACCCUGCCAACUGUGACUAUGUCAUCGUGAGUGGUGCCAGUCGCAAGGAGGAGCGUUGGGAUAUGGAAGACAAUGAGCAGGUGCUGACCACAGAGCAUGAGAAGAAAGAGAAACUGGAGACGGACGCCAUGUUCCGCCUAGAGCACGGUGAGGCUGACCGCAGCACGCUGAAGAAGGCCCUUCCCACACUCAGCCACAUCCAGGAGGCACAGAAUGCCUGGAAGGAUGACUUUGCUCUGAAUAGCAUGCUACGGAGGCACUUCCGGGAGAAGAAGAAAGCCAUGCAGGAGGAAGAAGAGAAGGACCAGGCACUGCAGGCGAAGGCCAGCCUAGCCAUCCCUCUUGUGCCAGAGUCGGAGGAUGACCGCAGGCUGGCUGCCCUGCUAAGGUUGCACACCCUGGACUCUUAUGAGGACAAACAGAGAAUGAAGCGGACAGAGAUCAUCCACCGCUCUUGGUUCCCCUCAGCCCAGGGUCCCAGUGCAAGCAGCAGCAAAGCCAGCAACGUCCUGAAGAAGCUGUGCCAGGGCCGCAGACCACCCCCCAGCAGCACAGGCACAGUGGGGGACCUGGGCAUAGUGAGGAGAAAGUCUCGAGACGUUCCAGAAAGUCCCCAGUGUGCACUGGACAACUCCUUGUCAGAAGAACCAAGAGGGCCACCAGGAACCACCCAAGACAGCAAGACACUUCAAGAGACAGCAGAGGCACCCAGGACCAGCAAGACAUCAGAAUCUAAGAGAAACUGUAGCGAUCAGGCCCAGGAGGACCUGCUGCACCCGAACACCCCCAGUGCCUCCCUGGUAGCUGACUACUCUGACUCAGAGAGCGAGUAAAGGAGUCAGAAUUCCAGGACAGAAGCCAUGACUCGUGCAGACCUUAGGGACUGGCUGCAUUGCCACCUGCCCAGCCACAGACUUAUUGUCCUAUACAGAGUAUUAUUUAUUUGGUUUUGGUGAGGAUGCCUGUGCCUUGAUGUAAGCCCUGAUUCCUGAACAUUAAAGUGCUGUUCUUUGUC